AGCUGGAAGCCCAUCCAUAAAUCAAAACCCUACCCCUUCUUAAAAGGUAACGAACCCUAAUAUUAUUCUCAUCGAUCACUAAUUUUGAGAAACGUAAUAACAUGGCCGACACACACAAGACGAAUCCGCCGGAGGAGGUGAAGAGGAGCGGGCAAAACCCCGGUGGCGGUGGCGUUCUCCACCAAAGGCGGCAGCUCCCCUUCAGCCUCCCCACCGUCGCCCUCGCGGGCAUCGCCAUAUCCGGCGUCCUUUGGUACUUCACUUUGUAUGUCAAGAAAAAGCCGGAGGCUAACGCGGUCGACGUCGCAAAAGUUGCCUCCGGUGGCGGCGGCGUGGAAAGCACGCACCCUAGGAAUUAGCUAGCUAGCUAGCAGCCCGUAGAUAAUAAUUGUCUGUGAGUUUGUAUCAAAAUCAAUUAGUGUAAAAAAGUUUCCAAAAUAUACGUACCGCGGAGUAAUACUAUAUGUGCCUCCCGUAUUAUUAGAACAUUAGUCUAAUUUUAAUUUUUUUCGAUUUGAAUAAACAAAUUAUCACAGG